ACCAGAUGACUCACCGGCGGUCGUUCCAGGUCGCCCCCAAUGUGCAAUUUUCCACUGAGCGAUAAGUCGAUAUCAUCUCAGGGGCCUAGAAGCGUCUAACAGCAAUGCUCUCUAGGCAGAGAACGCUCAGUAGCACCUCAGUGCUACUCAAGGUUCCCCAACAAUGGAGACGGCACACGAGGGCGACGACCAAGCCUACGAAACCGACAGCGAUGAAUCCGGCUUCUACUUCCUGGACCUCCCCCCAAAUAUCCGCACUCAGAUCUACUCCAUAAUUGUAUGGCGCAGGCACGAGAUUGAGAAGCGCCUGAUCCCUUCCAGUUGGCCCGGGCACACACAUGCCUCCGAUUCUGAAUUGCGGCGGCGUCACGAGGAGAAGCUCUGCCACAAUAUACGCCCGAGGUGGCGUCACACAAUCUCGACUAGCCCUCCAAGCAACCUUGUAUGCACAUGCAAGCAGAUCUACCUCGAGUUCGCACCUCUGCUGUACAAGUCGCACACCGUUGUGUUGCCUGUGGUCGGUGCGUGUCAGAAAAAGAACUUGAUGCGCGAUAGUGGUGAUUCGGACCUCACCUGGCCCCUGGCGUACCUUGAGCUCACAACGCCAUCUCCACCACGACCGUGGCUACCACCGCCGCUCUCGUUCUGCACGACCCUGUUUCUCACGAUAGCCACACCCGUCACCUCUGACAUGCGCAACCGUUGGCUUCGUGCGCUUCGCUCGCUCGUGCCUCAGGCAAUGGCGCUCACGCAUAUGCGGAUCACUUUCGCACACGACGGACUCCGGCGGCACUGUGCUCUUCGUACUAGUCACCCGUCGAAAGGCUGCUGUGUGGAACUGGCCAAGGAUGUAGCCCUCGCCCAGCAGCUGAGUCGGUUUCGGCGACUGGACAGGCUCGAGAUCCGCGGGUUCUACUGCCAAGUAUGGCCGGCCGUUCUAGACGAGAAUAUCAGUGCCAAGAGCAGGUACGACAACACGCGCCGCAAGCUGAGGGUGCAUCAUAUUGGUUUCCUCCGCACGGAGGUGGAUGGGCGUGGGCCUUUUCACCCAGCGAAGCUCUUGGAGGUCGAAUAUAGGCGGAAAAGCGAUGCAGAUGCCGCCGACCCAUCGCGGUGGCCAAGGAAGCCUCGUUACGAAGACGAGGAAAUCAAGUCGAAAUAUAAGCGCAACAAAUGGGGCCCUGUCGAGGCCUUCAGUCUCAGGAUUGGCCUCUAUGUUUAGAGGCUCUAGAUGUGUCUAGAGUCUAGACUACUCAGCCGCAAAGCAAGGAUCCCGCAAAGCGAAGAGAAUCCAAUCCUUUUAUUUAGGAGCAAUUACUUUCUGAACUGUGGGUUCUCAAUCCAGUUGUGGCAUCAUGGAAAAGGCAGGACCCACCAAAGACAGCUUUGUAUCGUCGUGUAUUCAUAUUGUACGACUCGUGUGGCAGCCAUGAUGAGAUUUCAUGUGGCAUAAACCACCAAGAGCCCAGCUCCCGCGGUAGCACUCCUCCAGACAUGCCGAGUUGCACAAAUG